AGCUGGUUCACUUCCUAUAGGGACUGAAAACCAAGUGAGGAGAUGAUUUUACCUGAAGGCCUCAGCCUUUCCCAAAAGCCUGGCUUGGAUUUGAUCAUUUUGCCCAGUGUUGUGGCUGAUAACUGAAUUUGGGAUGUGCCGUCUGAGUGAAUGCAGUGUAUCUAAUUUCUCAGGAUAAACCAGAGCCCUUCAAUCAGCCACUCUGAAGCAAUAUUUUUCUUACCUUCUAGCCCCGUGUGGUGAAACCAAGUGAAAAUUUUCAGAAUCUCCAUUGAAAUAACUUUUCCUCUGACUGUGUUUAACAUAUAAAGCAUACUUCUGUAGAACAAAUUGAGCACAUUGUAAUGAGAUAGCCCUUUAACACACUGCCUGUUUGGAAUUUCUAUUGUCCUCACAGCAUUUGGGAAGAGAGGGGCUGGAAAGAGAAAACAAAGUAGCCAUAUUGUCUGCUGCUGGUCACUAUGCAGUGGCCAUGCUGGAAACAGAUGGUGUGUGUCUGUCAAGUGAGGUAAAAGAAAGGAUUUGUAUCUGAUCCCCCACACAGGGGAGUAGCAGACUGGCACUGACUGUGGAACAGUCUCUAAACUGAGAAGUCAGAAGAAUUGUACUGCACUACACCAGAGAAUACAGACAGGAUGGACACUGUAGAUAGAUCCUGACCAUCAUCUAAGGAACAACUGCACAACUGUGGAAAGACAUCCAGUCCCUUCACAACAUUGCUCAACAUAGAGAAGGUUGGGAAGUGAAAGUAUCAUCUGGAAAUCAGUCAGAUCAGGGGAGCUUUGAGAUAUCAUCAGAUCCGAAACUGGCCAGUGGGUGGAGCCUUCCAUCAGAACCAACCUUUCUGAAGGUUCGGUUGUGGGUGAUCAGUCAGGGCGAGGCUGGGAAGAAGUGUGAGUGGCUCCAACUGUGGUGACAGCUUCGUUCAUUCAUCAAGCCUCAUGGACCACUGACUCAUUCCUACAGGGGAGAGGCUUUUCAAAUGUGACGUGUAUGCAGAGUGCUCUAUGGGCUCAUAAAGUUCUCCUGAAACACAAGGUGCUUCUGUUCUACAGCCACAUGGAAAAGGAACAUUUCAAGUGUGAGGUGUGUCACCAAGACUUUGCACAGGUGUCAAUGCUCCGGAAACACCGACACAUUCACAAUGGGGAGAAACUGUUCACGUGUGAGGUGUGUGAUAAAGUAUUCACACGGUCAUCAAGUCUCAAGGUCCAUUGUACAGUCCAUACAGGGGAGAAACACUUUAAGUGUACAGUUUGCAAUAAAGCUUUCGCAACAUCUACAAGGCUGCUAAUGCAUCAGACGAUUCAUACAGGAGAGAAGCUGUUCACAUGCAAUGUGUGCAGCAAGUCAUUCUUAAACUCAUCUGACUUUCGUGUACACCAACGUUUUCACACAGGGGAGAAACCAUUCUCUUGCGAGCUGUGUGACCAGUCUUUCUCGGGCUUAUCAACCCUCCGCAGACACCAGCAGAUUCACACAGGGGAGAAACCGUUCAUAUGUGAGGUGUGCAAUAAAUCAUUUUCACGGUUAACAAACCUGCAGAUCCACCAUCGCAUUCACACGGGGGAGAAACCAUUCACAUGUGAAGUCUGUGAUAAAUCAUUCUCGCGCUCAGGAACCCUGCGCAAACAUCAACUUAUUCACACGGGCAAGAAACCUUUCCCAUGCGAACUGUGUGACAAAUCAUUCUUGCAGUUAACCAGUCUCCAGAUCCAUCAACGCAUUCACACUGGGGAGAAACCAUUCACAUGUGAAGUAUGUGACAAAUCAUUCUCUGACUCAUCAACCCUCCGUAAACAUCAACGCAUUCACACGGGGGAGAAGCCAUUCACGUGUGAGGUGUGUGACAAAUCAUUCUCGGUUUCAUCAACUCUCCGUGUACAUGAACGCAUUCACACAGGGCAGAAGCCAUUGAAGUGUGAGGUGUGUGACAGAUUAUUCUCGGUUUCGGCGACCCUCCGCAGGCAUCAACACAUUCACACAGGGGAGAAAUUAUUCAGGUGUGAGGUUUGCAAUAAAGCUUUUGUAACAUCAACAAAGCUCCUAAUACAUCAGAGGAUCCACACAGGGGAGAAACCAUUCAGGUGUAAAGUGUGUGACAAAUCAUUCUUGUGGCCCUCGAACCUCCAUCGACACCAAUGCAUUCACACAAGGGAGAAACCAUUCAAAUGCAAGGUGUGCAACAAAGCCUUCACACAGUCAUCGAGCCUCAUGGUCCAUCAGACAAUUCACACAGGGGAGAAACCCUUCAGGUGUGAGGUGUGUGUUAAAUCAUUCUCACGAUUAUCGAACCUCCACCGACACCAGCGCAUUCACACAGGGGAGAAACCAUUCAAGUGUGAGGUGUGUGGCAAAUCGUUUUCACAGUCAUCGCAUGUACGCAAACACCAACACGUUCACGUGGCAGAAACCGCUUAAGAACAUGUUGUGGAACAAAUCAUUCAUCUCUGUGUACAACAACAUUCACACAGUGGAGAGACCAUUCAUGUGUGAGGUUUAAGAUAAAGCUUUGUGACAUCUUUGACACUGCUGAGGGACCACCAGUGAGCACUCACUGAGUGGAGAAAACGAUCAAGUGUGAGCUUUGUCUUUCAUCAGAUCCGCUGAACUCCUGAUACAUUAGCGGAUUCACAAAGGGGAGGAACCCUUCAAGAGUGAGGUGAAUGACGACUCCAUCUUACAGUCAUUGAUUUUCCACACAUGCUAACAUAUUCACACGGCGGACAGGCUGCUCAAGUGUAAACUGUGGGAUUAUUCAUUUUCAUAGUUGUGGAACCUCCUGCCCAAUGAGGGGAUUUGCACAGAGAAAACUCUUCAGAUGUAAUAUUUCUGACAAAUCUUUUAGCUCCUUCUUUCACCUCCUGAAGUAACAUCACAUCUAUAUUGGUGGCAAAUCAUUCAUGUGCGUGACAAGGCUUUCACAUUGGCACAUGUGUCCUGAUCCAUGAACACAUUCACAUAGGGAAGAAACCCUGUCCGUGAGUUCUGUGGUACAGUUGACAGACUUGUUGGAACAUCAGUGAACCCACAUAGCAGACAAACCCUUCCAGUGUGACUUGCGUCAGGAUUGUUUCACCUCCUCCUCCUCCUCCUGUCUGAUCAGACACCACAUCUCCACAUCGACUUGGAGCUGGGUCACCUGCUUCUGUUAUACUGAGAGCUGUCUGUGUUGUUUACCCUCCAGUGCUUACACAUGGGAGCUGUCAUUCCAAACCACUGUCUGUCUCAGCAGGGUUUGUCUCAAACCUCUCCACCAUCUCCCAGCAAGAUCAAUGUACCUUUGACCUGAUUACUAAACAUCACCAAAGGAAGACAUCAGUAGGUACAGAUGUUCCUGCUGGUGCAGAAGCCACUGUGUUUUGAGAACGGUAGUAGAACCAGUGAAGGGAAAGUGAAGAUAGAAAGAGAGGGAGAAAGGAAGAUCAGAGGGAAUGUGCAGAUGAGAGGUACAGAAUGAGAUAGACAGAGGAGUGGAAUAAAAAGAGACAUUGAGAAAGUUGUGGAAGUAGUGGGGACAUAGCGUGGCAGGACAGACAGUGAGAAGGUUUAGCCAACAUUCAAAAUACUCACUUUACACAUUUAAAGCUUAAUUUAUUUAAUUAUAUUAAUUUGCAACUCUUUUAUGUUAGUCCAUUAUUUGGUAAAUUAUAUUGUGAGUAAAGCUUUAUGCAGACAGGUCUGGCUCAAACAGAGGAAAAAGUAUUCUGGAAUAUGUCCAGUUUUGUUCCAUUCCCCCUUAUGAUUUUCUUUCAAUGUCUCUGCUACAGGCGCAUCUGUCUGAGGACAGGCUCUUUCUGACUGUCAGUGAAAGGGUGUUUUUGAUGUGUUGGAUAAGCUGGGAGUCCAGUCCAUCCAGAAGCAGCCAACAUUCCAGGCCUAGAGUUUGAUUUAAUAUCGACAUCUGGACAAGGAUGAGGAGAUUGGUGGUGAUGCAGGAAAACUGUUGAAUUGUUUUUUGGAUUCUUAGCCACUUGCCCAGCUUUGAGUCUCUCGUUUGUUUAAUGGACGCAGAGGGUGAAGUUUGCAAACUGCCGCUUCCACACUAGUUUGAUUUCUCACUUCAAACUUCAGCUUUAAGGCACCUCUGAAAAUUGAAACGUAGCCUUUGAGCAAACCUCAAAAAGAGCAUUCUGUAUUUUGACCACCGUUAGAUAGGGAAAUAGGGCUGGAUGUGACAGAGUUAGGAAGGGUUUGAGGCCAUGGAGCAAUUUGUAUAUGAGCAUGAGAAUUUUAAAUUGGAGGUAGGGGGCACUGAGAACCAGUAUCAGUCGGUGAGUACAGGGGUGAUACUUGUGAGAGAAUAGACAGCACAGAGUUUUACCUGAGCCGAAGGUUAGGAAGAUGGGAAGCAGGACAUAUAAUAGGUUGGCCUUUCAGAAUGAAAAUCCAUUUCCUGGAUUUGAGAAUCACAGGUGUAAGCAGAAGGUUGACAGAUGAAUACAGAAAAGAAAGAAAAACAGAAGAAAAAGACUCAAAGCAAUCAUCCUACAAUCAUUUGAGGUCAUUUACAUUUUAGAUAUACUCUCUCACAAAAUAUUGCUGAAAUUUAUGGGCCUUGCCCACAAACCAGGCAAUUCUGUCUUUACCUUAAAUGAUUAUGUACAAUUGAAACUAUUAACUGAGGAUGUUCAAAAAUCAUUGACUUAAAACAAAGAGAUCCAGAACAGAUUUAGUUCUUCAUAUCAAAACAAGGCACAAAGUUGCUGUAGCAUUGAAGAAGGAGUUAUUCUUGGCCAAUUUCUCUCAUAUCAUUUUACACCCACAGAACAGUGAUACACAAAGUGAGGGACAAUCAGGACUAUGACCCUUCACUUUUAUUGAAGCAAGACUCCUCCAAGGGAAAGCAGAACUGAGAUUGGGAUUGACUAAUCAGAUAUUAACAGUUGAAUGAACAUGACAGUUCCAGAAAGAGACAGGCAACCAAAUUAGAUAUGACUAAUGGGAUACCUUAGUUAAUGAUGAGACUAUCGCAUGAAAACAUGCAAAAUCAGAAACAAACCCAGAACUUUUAUCACAGAAGAAAGACUGACCCAGACAAUGAAAUUAGAUCUGAACAGAAACACCUUUAGGUGAAUACAUGGAAGGUAUGUAUUGUGUUGGAUCAGCUCAAAAGGUCAGGACAAAAACAAAUCAUAAAAGUAGAACUGGCAUAAUCAAAGGAAACUUUACAAAUGUACUUAACUUCAAGAUAUAAAAAGCAAUUUUAAUGAAUCCAUGCCCACAUCAUGCAUAAUGUGCUGAAGUGGUGAUUGUAGAGUGGGCACUGUGACAAGCCUCAGAACAACUGAAUCUUACAUGCACAAAAGUUAUUAUUGUGCUAGAAGCUAUGAUCAAGAAAAAUAUAGCUGGUCUUAGGAAGACUAGACCAAGUGGUCAGGUAAUACAUUGUAGAUGCCCUAACUAAAAUCUUUCAGAGUUCCCUAGAUACAGGCUUCAUCCCACUGGAUUGGAAAAUCCUGAAUUUGGCAACACAGCCACGGGUGUACAGGAAGUACAGUAGGGGGCUGAGGAUGCAUCUUUGGGUGAUCCAGUGUUGAGUGUUAUUGUGGAGGAGGUGCAGUUACCUGUCUUCACUGAUUGAGGUCUGUGGGACUGAGACUGUGACUCCCAGUUCUAGACUCCGCAACUAGGGAAAACAUCCACCUUAUCUAGCCCUGUCAGAAUUUUAUAUUUUUCAACCUUCUCUCAUCCUUUUAAACUCUUGAGAAGACAAGCCAGUCAAACCAGACUCUCUUCAUAAGCAGUGCUACCAAUCCCACUAUCAACCUGGUGAAACUCACUACAUUCCCUCAAUGACAAAUAUAUCCUUUCUGAGGUAGGGAGACCAAAACAGUACACAUUACUCCAGUUCAGUCUCACCAAGGCCCUGUAUAAUUGCAGUAAGACACUCCUUCUGAACUCAAGGCGUCAUGUCAUGAAGGACAAUAUAUCAUUUGCCUCCCUAAACUGCUGAUGCACCCACCUGUCUACUUUAAUUAGACACCCAGAUCCCCCUUUACAUUCACAUUUCCCAAUAUAUCACCAUUUAAAUAAUACUUUUUUUCACAGCAAAGUGUAUACUUUCAAACUUAGCCACGUUGUACUUUAUCUGCCACGUGUUUGCCCACUUACUCAACUUGUUUAAAUCACCCUGAGCCUUCCUUGCACGCUCUUCACAAUCCAUAAUCCCACCAAAUUGUAUCCUGAGCAAACUUGGAAAUGUUGUAUUUGGUUUCCUUAUCUAGUUCAUUUAUCUAUUUUGUGAAUAGCUGGGACCCUAAGCACUGAUCCUUGCAGUGCCCCACUAAUCACCGCCUGCCACUUGGGAAAAAUACCCAUUUAUUCCCAUUCUGUUUUCUGUCUGUCAAAUCAAUUCUUAAUGCAUGCCAAUAUAUUAACCCUUAUUCCAUGUGCUUUAAUUUUGCCCACCAACCUUUUACGAAGGACCUUAUCACUAGCCUUCUAAAGAUUCAAAUAUGCCGUAUUCAAAAAACCUCCAAUAGCUUUGAUAAGCAUCAUUUGCCUUUUUAUGGCUUUGUUCAAUCCCAUUACAUUUCCAAAUGUCCUGUUAUCACGCCUUUUAUAAUAGACAGCAGUAUUUUUACCACUACUGAUAUGAGGCUAACUGGUUUAUAAUUCCCUGUGUUUUUUCUCCCUCCUUAAAUAGUGGGGUUUCAUUUUCUGUAGUAACUGCUUCAGAGUUUAUAGAAUUUUGGAAGAUGAAAACCAAUGCAUCCAAUAUUUCCAGAGCCACUUCCUUCAGUACUCUGGGAUGUAGAUUAUCAGGCCUUGGUGAUUUGUCAGCUUUCAACCCCAUUAAUUUCCCUGGCACUAUGUUCUUACUAAUACUGAUUUCCUUCAAUUUUGCUCUUUCACUAGAUCCUUGGUUCCCUAAUCCAAAUAUUUCUGGGAGUUUACUUGUGCCCUCUUUUGUGAAGAUAAAACCGAAGUAAAUGUUGAAGAGGAUGACACUGACCACUAGUUCCUGGAGAUGAAAGUGGAGAGAGUAAGCAAGAGGAAAUUAAAGAAUGUAGGAACUGGAGUAAUCCCUUCAGCCUGUUGUAUCAUUCAGUUAGAUCAUUGACAAAUCUGUAUCUUAACUGUAUUUACAUAUCUCAACUUUGUAACCCUUAAUCCCCUUUCCAGACAAUAAACCUAUCAAUCGUAGUAGUCUGAGAAUUUCCCCUGAUGUCAGUGUGUGUUAGUGAAGUGAACCAACUCUCAGGAUGUAGAAUUGUCCCUGCUUUAGUUGGUGAUGUGAAUUAGAUGAUUCUCUUUAGAUGACAGAUGUUUGAUUAAUACCAUGGGGAAUAUCCGUACUCUCCCAUCUGGGAGGACGAUUGCCCUGAAUAUGUGAGGGAGUUGGGGUGAGUCUGCACAGACCUGAGUUCCCUCAGUCCAUCAUACCUCAAUGUAAUAACAGAGUGGCAUGUUCACCUUACACUCUUCCAAGAUCCAUUCCAUGUUCUGGAAGCAAACUUGAGUCCUUUUCAAAUGUUUUGUUAUUUUGGUUGAUUCCGUGUUUGAUGUCAGCUGAGAAUUGUGUUGUUUAUCUGGUGUUUUAU